UCUAAACAUGUGUUAUGAAACUAGAAUCAGCUGUGUUUGUUUUGUUUGCAAAAGUUCGAAAUAUUUUCAAGAAAAAACGAGAUAUUUCUGUAAAUACACAUAAAUCAUGCUUAUACCAGUGCAGUUCAAUAAACUAUGUGUAUUAGGCGUGAAUAUCAACACAUUUUUAAGGUGUACAAGUCGUGGAUUGCAAACAAUCACCGAAACAAAAUCAUCCAAGGCACAGAAAUCAGAAGUUGAAAUUCCCGGAAAUAUCGAGUUUUCUCCCGAUUUACAUGCGGAAUCCAGCAAAUUUCAGUCGGAUUUACUCAAAUCCAUGACUGUAUACGAAGGCUUCCUCUCUGAGAAAGAAGAAUCCUCGAUUCUGAAUGAAAUCGAGCCGUAUUUGAAGAAAAUGCGUUAUGAAUUUGAUCACUGGGAUGAUGCAAUUCAUGGCUUCAGAGAAACCGAGCGUUUGCAAUGGAAUGCAGAGAAUCAAGAAAUAUUGAACAAAGUUCGUCGUUUGGCGUUUCCACCGGAAGUUAAACAAUUGAAAUUCGUGCAUAUUCUGGAUUUGGACGCAAAGGGAUAUAUUAAGCCACAUAUUGAUGCUAUAAGAUUUUGUGGAGAUACAAUCGCCGGUCUCAGCCUGCUCACCGAUUCAGUCAUGCGCCUAGUUCACGACAAAAAAACCCUAACAAUGGACAUCCUCCUCAAACGGCGCUCCCUAUACAUCAUGAAAAACACCGCCAGAUACGACUACACCCACGAGAUCCUCCGCAACGAAGAAAGUUACUUCAAGAAACAAAAAGUAGACAAAACAAGGCGGAUUUCAGUCAUGUGUCGAAACGAACCGGACCCAGCACAUACAAAAUUAUAACCAUAAUCAAAAAUAACUUAAUCUAUAUGUAAAUAGUGAUAUACACAAGUAAUAUCUUAAAAUCCAAUCAAAUCUAA